AUGGACCUAAAACUUAAAGAUCGUGAGUUCUGGUACAGUCUUCACGGCCAGGUCCCAGGGCUUCUGGACUGGGACAUGGGGAAUGAGUUAUUUCUGCCUUGUACCACAGACCAGCAACCCUUAGCAGAGCAGCACCUUGCCAAAUACAGACUCCGAGUAAUGGAGCCCCCAGAGAUGCCUCAGGAGAAGAGACCCAGUCCUGACAAAGAUGGUCCUCACUGUGAACCCAACCUGUGGAUGUGGGUGAACCCCAACAUCGUGUGCCCCCUCGGCAGCAAGGAGGCCCCAAAGCCCAGUAAAAAAAAGGAUCUGAAAAGCAUGCCUCCUUCCCCUGAGCUCCCUCUAAAGGAUGAAGAGUCAAACUGCUCAGAGGCCACAGUGGUGGAGUCCCUGCCAUCUUCCUCAAGUGAGCAGUCUCCCUUACAGAAGCGGUUCAUCUCUUCCCCUAGUGACUGGGACACAGAAGAGGAGACUGAGGAACAAGAGGACAAUUCUUCUGUGGCCCUCCAGCCUCCUAACAAAAGGGAGUGCUUCCAGAGCCAGAAGCUGUGGCCAAUCAACAGCCAGGAGAGGAGGUCCUGGCCACGGCCUCCUCUCAAUUACAGCCACCUAAUUGCCCUAGCGUUAAAAAACAGCCCCCCCUGUGGCCUCAGUGUGCAAGAGAUCUACAAUUUCACCCGACAGCAUUUCCCCUUUUUCUGUACUGCUCCAGAUGGCUGGAAAAACACUAUUAACCACAACCUCUGCUUCCUGGGCAGCUUCGAGAAGACGCCAGUAAGCCCUCAGGAUGGGGCCAAUGCAAAACCUCGCUCUUGCCUCUGGAGGCUCACUGAGGAGGGACACCGCUGCUUUCAGGAGGAGACUCGUUCUUUAGCCUCCGCUCGGAGGGAGAGCAUCCAACAGUGCAUGAGCCAGCCAGAGGUGAUGACCUCCCUCUUUGACCUUUGA